AUGGAACAAAUCAAUUCGAAUAGUGGAAAGAAAAAACAGCAAUUAGAAGUAUUCAGAUAUUUUGCAAGUGUCCUGACAGACGAAGGUAAACCCAUUAGAUUUGGUAAUGGUAUAGUAGACAUGCCCAUAGACAAUGGAGGUGCGCUUAAAGCAGCAAAUCAAAAACUCGAGACGGAUAAACCUAUAGGCGAACUAAUUUUAACAUACGAUGAUUUCAUUGAAUUAAUUUCAAACUCAAAGACAAUAUAUCCCAAGUUCACGGAUCAUUCAUUCAACUUAAACCAAGUACCUAAAAACGCGUUCGGGUGUAUAUUUUUUGCUAUAGAUGAACAAAACAAGGGAUAUUUAACUUUAAAUGAUUGGUUCUAUUUCAAUAACCUACUAGAAUAUGAUAAUUAUCAUCUCAUUAUUCUAUAUGAAUUUUUUAGAAAGUUUGAUGUAGAAAACUUUAAAGCCAAACAAAAAAAAGAACUCGGCAGUUCGUCAUUCAAUUUAAAAGCUGCAGACGAUCGAAUUAAAUCAAUAAAUUAUGGCAACAGAUUUUUAAGCUUCGAUGAGCUUCUUUUAAAUUUAGACCAAUUCAAAGAUACUAUCCGUUUGUUGCACGAAUCUGUUGAUGAUAAUUUUGUUAAAGAUAACAAGUUGCUACUUGACUGGGAUAACUUUCAAUUUUUGAAGUUUUACAAAUGUUACCAUGAAAAUGAAGAAUUUUUGAGUUUGAAUUCGCUAGUUACUAUUUUACAGAACGAUCUUAAAAAUGAAAAAAUAUUCAUAGGCUUUGACAGGCUAGCACAAAUGGACUCCCAAGGACAUCGUUUAGCUCUGAGUAAGAAUCAGCUCAUCUAUCUUCUAAGACUAUUUUAUUCCCACAGAGUGUCUGCGGAUAUUUUUUCCUCUCUGAAUCUAUCAAACACCGAAUUAUUAAAGGCGGACAAUAAUUCUAUUCCAUACAAUGUAUUCAAGGAUGUAUUUUAUUUGUUCCAAAAUUUUGAUCUUCUGAAUCAGAUACUUUAUAAGUAUGUUACUGAUAAUAGUUUGACUGAGCAAGAUGUUAGAGAACAAAUAGUUACAAAAAAUGAUUUUAUGACAGUUUUGAAUACCCAGUAUAACAAAGUAAACAAUAUUGUUGAGUUCUCUCCCUCCCAAAUUAAUUUGCUGUUUUCCAUUGUUGCAAAUUCAAAGGAAAACAGGAGAUUAAGAAAAAAAAAUAAAGAUCGAGAUAAUGAGCUUUUAAAUGAUCAUCAUUAUGACUCAGAUAUUGAUUCCUUCAUUCAUAAUGAGUACUUGCAUGGGGUAAGCAAAUCAAGAAAAAAUUUAGAGAGUUUCAAUGACUAUUACCAUGAUCUUUUGGAUGGGUUUGAUCAGGAUUCUGGGGUUAAAAGAGCCUCCAGGGCAAGCACUGGUUUGUUUGAGUCCGUAUUUGGAGGCAAAAAGGAUAAAGCAACCAUGCGUUCUGAUUUAACAAUUGAAGAUUUUAUGAAGAUUUUAAAUCCAAAUUACUUGAAUGACUUAGUUCACCAAAUGGAAUUGCAAAAAAAUCAAAAUGAGUCGUUGUAUAUUAAUUAUUACUUUUAUCCAAUUUUCGAUUCGCUAUACAAUUUCUCUUUGGGUUCAAUUGCAGGUUGUAUUGGUGCAACUGUUGUUUACCCAAUAGACUUCAUAAAAACAAGAAUGCAAGCCCAAAGAUCUUUAGCCCAAUAUAAAAAUUCAAUUGAUUGUCUGUUGAAGAUUGUGUCGCGUGAAGGAAUAAAAGGUCUUUACUCUGGUCUAGGUCCACAGUUAAUAGGAGUUGCUCCUGAAAAAGCGAUCAAAUUAACUGUCAAUGAUUUUAUGAGAAAUAGAUUAACAGAUAAAAAUGGCAAGCUAAGUCUUUUGCCUGAAAUUAUUUCAGGUGCUUCGGCAGGUGCAUGCCAGGUCAUAUUUACUAAUCCGUUAGAAAUUGUGAAAAUCAGGUUACAAGUUCAAUCUGAGUACGUUGGUGAAAACAUACAGCAAGCUAAUGAAACUGCAGUACAAAUUGUCAAAAAAUUAAGACUGAAAGGUCUGUACAAUGGUGUAGCGGCUUGUUUGAUGAGGGAUGUUCCAUUCUCUGCCAUUUAUUUCCCCACGUAUGCACAUCUGAAAAAAGACCUUUUCGAUUUUGAUCCGAAUGAUAAAACGAAAAGAAAUCGACUGAAAACAUGGGAGCUUUUAACUGCCGGUGCCAUUGCUGGUAUGCCGGCAGCUUUUUUAACUACACCUUUCGAUGUGAUAAAAACAAGGUUACAGAUAGAUCCCCGAAAAGGUGAGACAAAGUACAAUGGUAUUUUCCAUGCUAUCCGCACUAUUUUGAAGGAAGAAAACUUCAAAAGCUUUUUCAAAGGUGGUGGGGCACGUGUCCUGAGGAGCUCUCCCCAAUUUGGGUUCACUUUAGCUGCUUAUGAAUUGUUCAAAGGCUUUAUUCCCUCCCCUGAUAACAAAAUGAGAGACAGAGGGGAUAAUAAGAGAUUUUGUAUAGAUGAUGACACAUCCAGUGAUAAACUCACAACUGAUAACAAGGAUGAGCUCCCACAGCAAAAGUUUUAUUCCGGGGAUAGAAAGCAUGCUAAUUAUUACUAUAAAAGUUGUCAAAUUGCGAAAACGUUCAUUGAUUUGGAUAAUAACUUCUCUAGAUUUGAUCCUUCAGUUUAUAAAAACUUUCAAGAGCAUUUAAGAGAUAUUAACAAGUAA